AUGAAAAUGCUGAAGCCACACAGACCCCGGCUGGAACGCCGGGUUGUUGGCUCAACUAACCGGUGGCGUCUCCCCAGAGAGCCUUUCUCCGGGGACCUGCUGGCACUUUCUCAAAUGUGCAAGGCUGUCAGCAUAGACUUUGAUGAAGUUCUGAAGAACCCAGACAGGUUGUGUGUUUCACAAAUUCAGAAAUAUUUCCCAGGGAAUAUGAAGAAAAAAGCCAUCCAAAGCGGGGAGGCAGAUGUGAUUCUCGAAUGCCUUGGCUUCACAUGGGAACUCCAUCAGCCCCAGCUGUUUCAGUCUGACACCUUGGCCAAGCUUUACGUGAUGGCCCUGGCCCGGGACAGCGCAAACCCUGAGAAGGAGCUGCAGAAACUUCUGCGAGCUCAGCUGCCUAGGAAGACCAAGGAACAACACCCUGCAAAGAAGAUGAUCAUUUCCUUGAAGAUCAACGACCCCUUGGUCACCAAAGCUGCCUUCGCCACCGCCCUGAAGAACCUCUACAUGCACGAGGUGACGCUGAGCGCGGACGACGUGCUGGGUGUGCUGGCGGCCGCUCACGUCCUCCAGUUCCGCAGCCUGUUUCAAAGGUGUGUGACCAUGAUGAUGAACGGACUUACGCCAAGCACCAUCAAGAACUUCUAUGUGGCCGGCUGCAAGUACAAGGAAGAGCUGCUCACCACCGCCUGCGAGAGGUGGAUGGAGAUGAACUUGGUCCCUCUGAUGGGGACACAGAUCCACCUCCGGAAAAUCCCGCAAGAACUGCUCCACAAAGUGCUGCGGUCCCCCAGGUUGUUUACAUUUAGUGAGUUUCACCUUCUGAAAACACUGCUUUUGUGGGUCUACUUGCAACUAAACAACAAAACUCAGACAAUUCCGACAUACGAAACCGUGCUGGCGUUUUUUCGCAGCUUUCCCGAGAAGUGUUCCUUUCUGGACCGGGAUGUAGGACAGAACUUGAUGCAGCUCUUCCUUUGCCUGCGUCUGCAUGGCAUCACCAAAGGCAAGGAUCUGGAGGAGUUAAGGCGUAUUAACUUCUUCCCCGAAUCCUGGCUGCUGCGGGCCACAGCCUACCAUUACCACGCGCUGGAGAGUGGGGGCGACAUGGCCCACGUGAACAAUCUCUCCACCCAGGCGGUGAGAUUCGGGCUGCUCUUUACCCAGGAGUAUACGACACAUUCGAAAAUGAUUGCCAUAUAUGGAUUCUUCUUUGAGAUAAAGGGAAUCAAACAUGGCACUACCUCGUAUAGUUUUCACAUGCAGAGAAUAAGGCACACCGACUUGGAAUUCCCCUCCUUGGUCUGUGAACACGGCCCUAUCAGCCUGAGAGCGGAACGCUUGGUGACCUACGAGAUCAGAGCCCAGACCCCGGUGGGUGGCAAAUGGCAAGAGUUCAGGACAAACCAGAUCACGCAGAAGUUUGGGUUGGGCAAGCCGUCCUGCAAAAGCCACGCCUUGAAAAUCCAAACGGUGGGCAUUCCAAUCUAUGCAAGUUUUUCAUUCAUCUUCUCAUUAUCUUAACAGUUUUCAGAAGAACCUAUGGGAUUUUCUUUCUUCCACUGGUCUACAUAAAAGGAAAUAAAAUGACAUUAAAAGGACCACUCAAGUAUUCAGCUGACUCUCCGAGUUAGCAAUGGUCUUAUUAGAACUGUUGCCCACUGUCUUCCCUCUGUUUGGGCUGCUAUAACAAAAUACCACAGACUAGGGGCUUACAAAGAAACAGAAAUUUAUUCCUCACAGUUCUGGAGGCUGGAAGUCCAAGAUCAAGGUGCCGGCAGAUUCCGUGUGGGCUCUGCUGAGAACCUGCUUGCUGGCUCAUAGACGGCUGUCUUGUCGCCGAGUCCUCACAUCACGGAGGGGGCCAGGGAGCUCUCUGGGGCCUCUUUCAGGAAGGGCAUUAACCCCAUUUGUGAUGGCCCUGCCCUCACGACCUGAUCACCUCCCAAAGUCCUUACCUCCUAAUGACAUUACCUUUGGGGGUUAGGAUUCAACAUAUGAAUUCUGGGGAGACACAUUCAGACCACAGCAUUCACAAUUGUAUCAUUUGAGGAUGGAAAGUACCAGAACCAUGAGUCCAUUUGCCAUCACUGACCCCAAAGCACCCUGAGUCCAGCCCUAACUGGCUGCACCGCGGGAGGACUCCCGUGGGAGCACCAGCAGGAACAGUGAACUCCAGCUGAGAGCGCUAAGUUCUCCCCUUCUCACGAUACCUCUCUGCCUGCUGCACAGGACAACACACCUGGCCAUUGUCCCUGGCAGUUUCAGCUCAGCCAGAACAAGAGGUAGGAAAGGAAGCCAGCAAUUCUAAAGUAUAGGGUGACUUAUUUAGUAUCCCACCUUUUUCAAUGGCACUCUGGUCUGGAAAAAGCAAGGUAGGAAAGUCUUUCUUCCCACUUGGUGGGUUAGUUUCCCAUUGCAGUGUAACAAAGUACCACAAAACUAGUGGCUUAAAACAAUACAUAUUUAUGAUUUCACAGUUGUUGUGGGACAGGAGUCCAGGCAGCUUUGCUGGGUCCCCUGCUCAGGGUCAAGUCUACAAUCUAGUGGGUAGCUAGGCUGUAUUCUCAUCUGAAGACAUGAGUGAGAGAAGCCACGUCCAAGCUCGCAAGAUUUUUGGUAGAUUCAUUUCCUUGCAACUAUAUGACUGAAGGCCAGACUGCUUACCGGCUAUUGGGAGAAGGCUGCCGAGGUCCUAGCGGCCCCCUGCAGUUCCCUGCCACACAGUGCUCUCUGUAGAUAUUUCAGAGCACAGCUAUUUGUCCUUCAAGGCCAGCAGGAGAGUCUCUUUCACUCUAGCCUGAUAAGACAGAGUCUUGCAUAAUGUAAGGAAAUCUUGGGAGUGACAUCCCAUCACCUUGGCCAUGUUCCCUGAGCUAAAAGUAAGUCACAUGUUCUCUGGGCUAAAAGUGAGUCAUACAGUCUGACCUCACUCAAAGGAAGAAGAUUAUACAAGGGGCCACCUAGGGUGUAUCUGCCACAGUGUGUUAUCCAGCGUCUUUGGAAAAGUGAUGGAGCAUCGCUGAUGCUGUAUAGACAACAGGUGGGUAUAUUUAGUCUAAUGAUCACCUUGGAAUCAGACGGUGGCUAAGAGAGCCUCCUCCCGGGCAGAGGACCAGUGCCCCGUGCAGAGUGACCUGGCAGAGAGAGGCUGGUGGGAAGGUGGAAGGGGACACGGUGGAAGAAUCGGACAAAGGAACUAGGAGUUGGGUCUGUUCUCGGGUACACCCUCGCCCCCCUCCGGCAAGCCCUGUUCCCCAGCUUGCUUCUGGCCAGGUCCAGCCAAGGGGAAGCAGUGACAGAACCUUGGAGAGCAAGAGUCUGGGAAAAGCCAGGGGACUUCUCGCUCUCAGCUGUGGAGGGUGUGUCCCAGCAGCGGCUGGGUCCCUCUCGUGGCUCCAGGUCUGCUGUCCCAGCUCCUGCCUGGCAGCCUCCUGCUGUGGUUCCAGGCCCAUCAGGUGGCCCUGUUUCUGGUUCUGGUGGCACCACCUGGUCCCUGUGUCCCUCCAGCCUCAGGGUGGUGAAGACUUCCUUCGGCUGCCGGUCUCUGGGUGCCUCAUUCUCGUCUGUCUGUCUUCUCAGAUCUCCCUUCAUCUGUGUGAUCAGUUCUCUGUUUUAUAUUUAUUCUGUUUGAAAUCUCUGGAGUAAUUUAUGCUUUCCAGACUGGUUCCUGGUAUAAAGGGUUUUGAUGAGCUGGUAGGUGUGACCCGGUGGGGUAGAUUGCUGGAAAACACAGCCUCAGUUAUUCCUCCCACCCCUGCAGGGCCCGGACAGGGUGAGGCGAGUCAGGCACUCCCCUUGUGUCAAAAUACUCAGUAAUUCGGAUAAUAAUAUUUUAGUGCACCAUCUCAAAAAAUCAGAAUCAAUGCUGAAAAUCUAUGAUGUAGGUCAACGAGCUCCCACGAGGUGAACACACCCAUAUACCAGCACCCAGAUCAAAAACAGAAAGUGCAUCAUCAGCACCCCAGACCGCCCGGCAACCCUGAACCCCCUCCCAGUCACCACCCCUCGCAGGUAAACGCUGUCCCAACUACCACCGUUAUGUGGCCAUUUAGUUUGAAUAUUUAAUAAACAGAACCACGCAACAUA